UCCAUCAGUCUCUCUCUCACAAACAGAUCUACCAACAUGGACAAGGUCAUUUCCCUCCUUGUUCUUUCAGCACUCACACAGCUUGUAGCACCUCAGGCCCCCUCUGUGACCUCAUUCAGAGCUGUAAUUGAGAUGGUGUCAGGGGAAUCAAGGAUCUUCUCUGGGCAGAGUGUCCGGCUGAAAUGCAGCAUUCCCGAUAGCCACAAGUCCACCUGGGGUUACCAGUGGUUCAGGGGAUCCGAGCAGCUCCCCCAGUCGGGGGAGUACUUCCUCCUGUGGAAAGCCCAUGUUAAAGAGAGUGGGAAAUUUUACUGCCAGGGUGUGAGGGACACAGUGGUGGGAAAUAUACACACCCUCCAAAGUCUGCCUAUAGAGAUCAACGUCGAUGGAGGGUUUGCUAUCCUGCGAGCCCCACCUCAUCCCGGACUUGUUGGAGGCACCUUGAUGGUCACGUGUCAUGUCCGAGGAUCACCCAGACUUCACGAGUUGAUUCUGUACAAAGAUGGCGUUGAAGUUAUGAGACAAGAGGGCCUCAGUCCGCAUUUCUACCUGACCAACUUGACCAUGGAGGACACGGGAAUGUAUUCUUGUAGGGCUUCCUGGGACGCAAACAGACGUACGCACUCUGUAAUGUCAGUCAACACUCCAGUGCAGGUCUUAGAGCUUCUGUCGCAGCCAGUUUUGGAGAUUGUUGCAGACAAUGACUUGAUUCCAGCCAAAAUGAUUAAGCUCAUCUGCCACCUCCAAUACAACGCCCCACCUCCAGCCCCUCCACUGCACUACUAUUUCUACAAGAAUAACAACCGACUGGGAGUAGCAACCUCUGAGAACCAUGAUCUAGUUAAACGGACUCCAGGCCAGUACAGCUGCAAGGCCAGAGUGCCUGAGUUGGGCCUCUCCAGGUGGAGUGAGCCAAAAAGCUUUGGACAAGUGACAGGGCCACAGAUGAUGAUGCCUCCAGUUCCUCCUCACAGAGCCCCAUGGCCUUCAAAGCCAAUCUCACCCCCAGAGCUCUCCCUCCCUCCUGCAGCUGAGCCAACAGCACACCGGCCCUCCACUCAACGAUCCACCGCAACUCCUGCUUUCAUUCAGUCAACUGAAGUGAGCACGAAGUCCUCAGGUCCUCUGCCGAAGCCUUCGCAGCCAGCACCAGGCACUCUCCUAUCUACAGUCCGGUCUGCUGUCACAGAAACAGCCAACCGACCUGAGGAAUCUGGUGAUAUGUCUGGAGAAUCUGGUGACAUGCCCGAGGAAUCUGGUGACGUGCCCGAGGUAUCUGGUGACAUGUCUCCAGACUCUCCACACACUGUCCCAUCUUGACAAGUUAGCAUGCAGUACAGACUAACCAUCCUAAAACAGAGGAAUCACAUGCGGCUGUCACAUCUAUAGGUAGCUCAUAUCAAUCACGCGUACAUUGUGCUGCCUGUGCACACUUUUUGUAUGAUUAACUGUGUAAUAUUCAUGUUACAGAUUACCAAGUGUCAACUUCAUCAUCUCAUCAGUACAAACUAACUGGAUCAGUAGUGUUGGUGAUAUUAACUAAUGCCAUAGUGGUUUAAGCAAAUAAAGCAUUCCAUAAAUCAUUAUGUACUAUUGGAUUUUAUUUCAAAGGACACCUCUUUUUACAACCCUAUUGUACAUCAAUACUGCUUACAUAUUACAAGUAUUGGUAUAAUGACAUGGAUAGUGGAUUUACAAUAAGAAAAGUACAUACAGUUACAAUACAGUUAUAGGUCACAAUGAUAUUCGCUGUAUACUAAACACAUCAUAUAUUUCUAUGUGUCAUUUUUUGCAAUCAGAUAUAGAUAGCAAUGGUUAUCAGUGAUAGUGUAGAUGGACAGGAAGCAGAGACAGUACACAACGAGGAGGAAGACAGGAGGAGGGUGACAUGGGGCUCUUGGCGUUUAACUAAGGGGAAAGCUGCAGGUAGACCAUCAAUAAAUACUUCAGGCAGGGCUUGGAGAGGGUAACGGGUGUCCUCAAGACACUGAAAGAAUCUCUGCACACCUGAAUGUGUGAUUGGUGGAAAACUUGAAUCAAAACAAUGAAAACUCCUGCACACCGUCUCGCUUACUGCUGGUGUAUUUAUGAACAACGUUUCAGUCUUCAAGCGUAUGGACAAGCAUGGCAACAUUUAUGUCAGGUAACAUCUUAUUUAAAGCUUCUAUUUAUCAUCAUACACAUAUCACUAUUGUUUUCUCUAUUUCUUUCUUUAUUCUUCGACCAUUGGAUAGUUUGGGUUUGCUUAUGGAUGUUGUAGUUCUCUAUGUAUUAUGACAUUCUAAGAUUUCUAUGAUUAAUAUUGGCAAUUUUCUCUUAUAUACAGUAGUCAGUUUUCUAAUCUUUUUAUUUGUUUAAAUGCCUUCUUCCCUUAAUUACCUACCAAUUGACCUCAUUUUUGUCUACUGUAUAAUUUAUCCUGUAUCUAUGUGGGACUGUUGUGAUGCAUGUUCAUACACCUGAUGAAGGUCCUGUAGAUCUAAAUGUAAU